AUGGGUGCACAUGAAGAAAAAGUUGAAGAAGAUGCCGCUGAGCUUAAAUUUCCUAAAGGUAUGUCAAGCUGUUAAUUUAACUUAAUUUUGUGUUUAGAAUUCGAGGUUGUUGGAUGUGACGCGUUGAUGAUCUCCGAAGUCUUCUUGCUUCUUGAUCAUCGUCGUAAACAAAGUGAAGAGAAGGAGGAAAUUGAAGAUAUGAGUGAGGCUUUCCUUCAGACUCUCAAUUAUGCCAGAAGAUUCUCGAAGUUCAAGAGCAGAGAGACGAUUCGAGCUGUCAGAGUGUAAGUGCCUAUUGUAACAUACACAUUACUUGUUUUUAGGAUCUUUACUGGUCGUAACCAACUGCACAAGUUUGAAGUAGCACAACUGGCCAACUUGUGUCCUGAAACUGCUGAAGAGGCCAAGGCAUUGAUUCCAAGGUACGUUUUUUUGAAAUAUUGUUCUCGAGUAGAGCUAUAUAGCAUAUAUUUUUAUAUUAAUAUUGUUAUAAAAAACAUUUUUAAGUAACUACGCAUUUUACUUUAGUUUGGAAAACAAAAUGGAAGAUGAUGAACUUGAGGAUCUCUUGAAGUCAUUGACUACCAAGAAGACCUUCCAAUGA